GAAAUGCCUUUCUCUUCCCUCAUGGAUGACACUAUAGCUCCAGGAAUCUCCAUUCUAUUCUAGCAAUUCUUGACUACCCAGAAUAUUUCAGCAUAGCUGGUCGUUGUGCGGCUGCAUCUGAUGGCACUACGAAGACCCCAUCGGAAGUCUCGCCAUGGCUGUCUAGAAUGCAAGCGAAGACGAGUCAAGUGCGAUGAAACCCGACCAGUGUGCUCCAAUUGCUCUAAGCGCCAAGCGGGAUGCGAAUAUGACUCGAGCAGUUCCCUCCUAUGGGCGAACGAGGAACUACUACACCAUGAUACAAAGUCGGUUAACUCUAGAUCUGAUGAACCCCCUCUGCCAGAGCCACCGCAUGUAACUGCCAAUCCAUUUGACACAUCUGCCAAAGAUGGAGGGGCAACUCAUUCCAGUCCCAGCCUCAACCUAGGUGACUUGGAGUUGAUGAUGCAGUGGUGUAACUCAACGUACCAGGUCCUAACACGCAAUGAAAGGACUGAUCCGGUCUGGCGUCUUCGUGUUCCUGAAGAAGCCUUGUCACAUUCUUUCCUUAUGCACGGAAUCUUGGCUCUUUCUGCCCUUCAUAUAGCCCGGACGAGGGACGACCACCGUCGGCCGGAAUAUAUCAGUGCCGCCGUAGCCCACCAGAACCAGGCAUUAGCAUUUUUCCGAAAGCAGCUCGAUGAUAUUAAUGACGCAAAUGCAAAAGCUAUGUUUGCAUUAUCUAGCGUGGUAGUUGUAUAUGCUUUCGGUUUUCCUCAUUCUCCCGAAUCAAAAGAUCCAUGGGCAUGCAUUCACGAUUUCAUUCAAGUUUUGCUAUUAGCACGGGGCGUGGAGCAAGUGCUGAGACAGGCCACGCCGUCUAUCCGAAAUAGCGACUGGGAAAUUCUCCUGCGCUUGGACAAAUACAUUGCCUCUCUUCCACAAGAUGUCCUUUCACCCCUCGAACGACUACGUGAGCUGAAUGCUUACUGUGGCGCGCAAGACCCGACACAUGAUACCGACAUAUACAACAAAACUAUUGAAAAUCUGACGGAUAUAAUGGCUGCAGCCUAUGGUGGCUUGACUUCGAUCACUGUUGCCGCGAGAUGGGCAAUCAGAUUGAAGCCCAAGUUUGUGAACCUGAUACGGGAUCGUAGUCCUCUAGCCCUGAUCAUCCUAGCGCAUCUCUGCGCAAUUCUUUGUCGCCUCAAGUAUGGCUGGUGCAUCGAUCAAUGGAUAUUUAAGCUACCAAGGGCAAUAUAUCAGAUUCUGGAUGAUCGCUGGAAACCGCAUGCACAGUGGCCCAUGGUAGAAAUUUUCGGACAGGAUUUCCUCAACGAAAUUGAAACGAUUAAUUCAGUUUGACUUUUCUCAGGACUUACUAUUUCAAUAGUGGGAUGUUUGCCUGCGCAUUUCUGGCACAUGGGGCACUCUGAUCGCAAGUUUUCUCUCUCUUAAGGACCUAUU